AUGCCAGGAAAUAUUAUUAUUUUGUUAGAUUCAAAGAGAUAUACUAUUAAAACUACACCAACACAACUAAUUAAUGAUCUUCUUCUUGAAGGAUGUAGAAAGGCAGAAUUAAAUCCACAAGAAUAUUCACUUAAAUAUGGAUCCAAUAUACUCGAUCUUUCUUUACCAGUCAGAUUAGCACGACUUCCAGCAGGAGCAAAAUUAACAUUAGUUAAACAAAAAUAUAUAGAACAGGAUAUCAAAGUGGCACUUCAAGUAGUUGAUCAGGAAAAACGAUUAAUAAUGUCAUUUCCGGCAGAUACAACGCUUUGGGAAAUUCUUUGUUAUUUUGAACAAACAACAGAUCCACCAAUUAAUAUAACAAAAAGAUCAGUUACAGCCAAAUUUAAAAACCAGGUAAAUGAGUAUUACGAAACGCCAAUUGUUCGUAUUAUAAGCAAAGAGUUUAAUGGGCCAGAAGUACUUCAAAAGAUAACAUUAGCAUCACAGGGUAUUGUUAAUGGAAGUGUUGUUCUUCAAGUUAAAUUUGAAAAAACACAAAAAUAUUUUAAUGAAAUGAUGGCUUUGCAUCCACAAAAAAAUAUUAAGUUGCCAGGAAAAAACAUAAAAAUGGAUAUUGAAAGCAAUUCAGAAAAUAAAGAAGAUACAAAGCAGACAAAAUGUCAAAUAUCACAAAAACCAUUAUUUCAAAUACCAGAGCAUGAUACAUCCAAAGAAAUAAGCAAUGAUGAAUUAAUAUCUAAACGCGAAAUAUUAAUUCUAUCGAAACCUGCAUCUUCAAGUCUUUAUGCUUCUAAAGUUAAUACAAAUGAAGAAGACUAUGAAUUAACACUCGAAAUGGCUAUAUCUUAUCAGAAUAUUCUCUCUUCGAGAACAAAGAGAAUCGGAAAUAGCAAGAAUUCGAAUAUUCAUCAAGAAUUGGAGCAGAAAAAUAACCUUAAAAAAAAAUAUAAUAUAAAAUUUAAACUACCUGAUGGUAUGCAAAUUAUAAGUUCAUUUGAGGGAAAUGAGAGAGUUGAAGCGUUAUAUGAUUUUAUGAGAUAUGUUAUACGAUAUUCAGAUGAGCCAUUUUAUUUGUAUAUUACACCACCUCCUAAACAUCUAUUAAACGUUAAAGAAACACUAGCAUCUAAUCCUAAUUUUUCAACCAAAACUACUGUUAUUUUCAAAUGGGCAGAUAAUAUACAAUCAUACGUCAAGGAACAUAGUACUCUUAAAGACACAUAUUUAAACAUGCAAAAAGACAUUUCUACAAUUGCUACAUCCUUAAAAAACGAAGAAGAGGAAGAGGAAGAAGAAAAAAAACAGGAAGAAAAAAAACAAGAUUAUAAACCAUUAACUAUAUCAUCUAAUUCACCAUCUUUAUGCACACCCAGUUCUAAAAAAAUGCCUAAAUGGCUAAAACUUUCAAAAUAA